AUGGUCGGGAGAAACAUGACACAGCCAGAGUUUGCCUAUGGUUCGUCCGGUGCCUCGGCCGGCAUCUGGAACACAUCGCGGAGUGCGAUCUACAACGAUUCAUACCCUUCUGGGGGCUAUGAAGGUGUCAAAGCAGGCUACAGGCCCAGCAGCAUGGUUCGUCCUCAUGAGACUUCUUCCACUUUCAGUCUGCCCUCCACCGGCUCCAUCCCCAAGGCUAGCCAUGUGCCUCGAUCGGAUUCCAUGUACAACACAUCCCCUGUGUUCAGCCCCCAACCACCAUCCGCGGCCUUUGUCAACUCCCCGCCAGGCUUCGGGUCCUACACUGCUGUGAACGCUCAAGGCUGGGACCAGUCCGGCAAGUUCUCACCCGCGGAUUCACUCGAGGACAUCAUGGCGUCGUCGAGCCCCUCGGAUUACUCUCCAGACCACGGCCCGGGAUCUUCGAUGCCCAGCAAGUCCAGUAAGCACCACCAGAAGGGCCGGUCGCAGCGGCGGCCUUCCAACAGGGACGAGUUUGACGGACCACACCAGUUUCUACAGCGUCCGCCGCCGGACUAUGUUGCCAUGCAGGAGAGGGAGCUCCCUCAUCUCCCGACGAACCUGUUGGUGCAAGAGCAGGACAGUGUCCUGGCCCAGGUCAAUGAUCGUCUGUCCCAGUGUGCAUUUGAUUUCGUGGCAAAGUACCAGUUCCCCAUCCCGCUCACGCAGGACAUGCGACCCGUGGAGCGCCCGCAGGACCGGGAGUGGACCGAAUGGGUGCAUCUUCUCAAACGACUGGCCACCAAGAGGCGGAUCCCCGCCCGUGUCUUGUACAAUGGCCAGAUCAAGCAGUUUGUCACCAUCCUGGAGAACUCGCUGGAGAUGAGGCACGCCGCCAAGCACCAGUCUCGGCCGCUCAAGGAUGAUAGGAACAUUCUUCAGCUCAUCUCGGCCGGCAUCCAGGUUGCCAAGAUCCUCAAGGAUGCCCAAGCCAUGGACUAUCUGGACAGACUAUACGUUUCUACGGAGCAACAAAUCCAGGACCGCGCUGCCGCAGUUCGGUACCGAGUAUAA